CCUAACCUCAGCCAUCACAACAUGGCCAACAAUGACCGAUCGCGACAGCCACAGCUCCUCGGACUCAGAAAAUCAUGAUGCAAACACGCGACCGAAUCGAUGGAAAGGUCCGCCGACAUCAUGGCAGACUCUCACGGAGCCGGAGCGCAGCCUCGCGGCCAGUUUAGACACCAUUCGGAAUGCAGAUUUAAGUGUUCAUCUGUUCAACGCGCAUGCGCUGAAGAGACGUGCACGGGAACUUGAAGAUCCCGAGAGACGUAGGAAAUCAGUCAAUGACUUUCCCGGCAUCCCAGAGGAAGACCAGGCAUUCAGACCUGCAAAGGGAUGGACGGCAUGGCCACUACCUCCAGAUGAUGUGCCGAGAAACGGAGAGGAGAUAGGUCUGCCGAAGCAAUUCGAGGAGUACACUUUCAAAGCAGAGGAAGAUGGUGCGCCAAGCCGAGAAUUGGAGGAUGUGCUGAUUGGGGUCACACUGAAAUAUGCGAAGGAGAGGUUUGAGAGUAGGAAAAAAGUAGAAGAAGGGAAUCCUGACGACACUUGGAAAGGAAAGGAGAAAGAUAUUGAAUCGGAUAGUACUGGGAGCGAAUACCACAACUCGUUAAAUGAGGACGAACCCAUCAUCAAUGAAGCAUCCAAAUCCCUUCAACCCACAAUACACAUGAAGUCCGUGGUCUCAGCGGAGGACGAACGAUCUCGAGAUCUCCUCCGUCCUUCAGUCCGCCACACACUUUCGAAACUCGAUGAACUCCUCAUGGCCCUUCACCACGCCCGGAAGACUUGCUACCGAUACUCGCAUUCCGAAGCUGGUACCACAGACGACGAGUCCGUGGCAGACACGGCCUUCUCCGAGCAAGCACCAGAAUCGCCUUCCAAACGGCCCCAAGGCCGGCCCAGGAAGUUCGCAGAUCUCCCCACUCGCACCAAACCGGCAAUUGUCCCCAGUAUCACCCAUGAGCCCGACCACGGAGAUCCUCUUCGGCCUAAAAUUACACAUCGCGGGCGUCCCAAGAAGGUAUACGAACGUCUCGAAGGAGAAACAGAACAAGAGUAUGCAGUGCGUGUAGCACGUCUUCAGAAAAAACCUCUCCCGGCAUUCGCGCCUCCAGCUGAACUUCUCACGACUAAGUCUCCGUCUCCGCGAAGAGGACGAGAACGCUCAAGGAGCGUGCCUGCUAAGCGGGCUACGUCUAAAGAGUUGAGGGAUGCUCGGCGGAGGAGGCUAGACUUACGAGAUUGGAGUGAGGUUGUCGGAGUUGCGGCUCUAGUAGGCUUUGAGCCUGAUGUUCUUGAAAGGGCGGCGAGGAGAUGUGCGAAUUUAUUUGGGGAAGGAAUGGUCAUGAGACGGAUUGCAGAGAUUCCGUUCGCGGAAAGAGAAGGGAAGGACGAGCUUGUACGGUACGAGCCUGAGCUCAUACCCGACCUCGACGAGCAUAUGUUGGAGCUAUCAUCUUCCGAUGACGAGUCGGGUUCAGACUCUGCUUCAGAACCUGACAUCCUUCCUGGCGUCCGCACGAAGUCUAAUCCAUCCCGACAAGCAGUCUUUUGUCCCAUCCAGACUUGUCCUCGUAGGGUUCAGGGAUUCCGGGAUAUGGCUGCGGUCAAAAGACAUCUUGAAAAGGGACAUAAGAUUCAGAAAGAAGAGGUGGAAGAUUAUAUUUUGCCGAGUGAUGAGGAGAUGGAUGGAGCGGUGCAUAUCGAUGGUUUCCUGAAGCCUCUGAAGGCGGUUCGUGCUCCAAGGGGGCGGUAUAAGAAACAGGCCAAGAAGAGAAAGGCUAGCGAGAGUGAAGACGAGGAUGAUGAUGCUGAGGCUGGAGCUGGGAAAUGGGGACAAGAAUCCCGGCAACACGAGGACGAGGAUGGGUUAGAGAGUGGCACUGGUGGAAGUAGCCCGUGAAUACAGACACUUGCGACAAGAAUUCAGAUGCAGAAGCCUGCCUAUUCUUCUAAUGCCAAUUCAAUUGAUCCCCAGCCACUUUGACUGCAAUGCGACAUGAUCAAUUAAUGACCGCAUCUGGUCCGGCAAAUGGGUAUUAGUGGAAUGCUCACCAGGAUCAUUGAGAAACUACGCAUUUUAUUGCAAAUGAUUGCUACCAGAACACCAAGCCCAGGAAAUCCACAUCCCAAACGCAACGAUCUCGGCUGACCCUCCCUAUCCUCUUUAACGCUUGCUACCUUCCACCUCACCUCAUUUGAUCAUACAUGUACUGCACGAUGUCCUCCUCAAAGUGGUUCCCAAGACCUGGGCACUUCACACAGCCUUCAUGGCUGUGGUCGCACUCCCUGCAGAGGAGCGUACUCUCAUGGUAAACUCUGAUCACGCUGGGAUUUCCCUCUCUGCAUACGUGCUAAGAUGCUGUUGUUAGCUACUUCAGGCCGCAGAAGGGAUAAGAUGUACUCACACAAAUCCAGUGUUGACGUGCCCGGCGUCUGGCCUCAGCCCAGUCCUUUUCCUCCUGCUCUUUCUGGCGCUUCUUCUUCUUAUGUUCUCUGUUGGUCGGGUCUCCUUCUUUCUCAUUGCCAUUUGCCGAGUUUUUCUUGUCAGUGGUUGCGUUACCUCCGUCUUUCGUCUCGGUAUUCCCUUGUUGCGCUCGAAUUCUUUUCGAAGACUUCCCUACCCUCCACGAACAAAGUGUUGGCUUGUAUUUCCACGUGUAAUACAAGACUGGUGGCUUCACCAUGGAUGCUUCCAUCCCAUGAAUCAAAUCUCGUAAGGAUUCCAGACGCUGCUCAGCAUCUGAGUUCCAUUCCUGGCUUAAAACAGAUCCGUAAUCAUCUGAGCAGUCGCUACCAUCGUAAGGCGAUGAAUCUUGAGGUCCAAUCUCAAAUUCCUGUCUCUUUAGAGGCCGGACCGCGAAGUCAUCGUCCAGUUUGUCAGAGCACGAUUGAGAAUUGGGUGGUGUACAUGGGUUCUCCUGAUACUGCUUUCCAGGAAGUAGCUGAGAAAGAUCCACAACACCUCGUUUUCUUUUCAAUGGAGGUGAUGUUGGUGAUUCCAUUGACAAGCGACACGGCUCGCGAUAUUGUGAUCUGUCUGAUGCAGAUGAUGCUGGAGAAGACUCUCUCUGUUGC